AUGGGCACAAGUGCUUUAGAAAAAGCUUUUUUAUCAAAUUUUGAUAAUGCUGUUUCGUUACAACUGUCUCCAGAACAAAUUAUUAGCAAAAGUUUGUUUGAUAUUUUGAAUAAUCAUGCGGCAAAUUUACAACUUGAUGUCAACGGUUUAUUAGUAGCAUUAUUGACAACUGCAUCUCAUCUGAUGGGUCGUACAUACGUUUAUCGUGAUAAUGACAUUAGAAUUCCAACAAAUAUGUAUGCUAUUAUUGUUGCUCUUUCAGCUCAUGGGAAAAGUAACAUUUUGAAUUUGUUUAAAAAAUGUGUAUUAGACAUUCAACCACAUUUAGUUAAAAAUGGAUGGCAAAUUGAUGAUGAUUAUUAUGGUAUCAGCGAUGAUCUCACAUCAGCCGGAUUAUUAGACACAAUGCGUAACGGUGCAUAUUUAUUCUGUGAUGAAGCCGAUGAACAGCUUUUAAAAGGAGGGAAAAUACGUGACAAGGAAGGAAAAUCACCUCCUGGACAUUUCAAUUUACGAUCAUUGUGUUUGCAAAUGUGGUCACAUUGUUCUGCGUACAUUAAGCGUCGAAAAUCGAAUAAAGAGUUAUAUAAAAAUCCGAGAUUAGUGAUUGUUGGAACGUCAACUGGAGAAUUAAUACAACAUGUUAUCGGAGCCAAACAAAAUGGUUUAGCCACGGCGCGUGAUCCAAUGAUUGAAAGAAUAAUGUUCUUUCCUUUGGAAAGUAAAGUUUUUUUAUCCAAAGACCGUUUGAAAAAACCAAAUUCCGAUAUUCCGAGUUUACGGCAAUUAUUAAUAACCAUUUCGUUGAUGAGAAAUACAAAUUUUCAUUUUGAAGAAGAAGCGAGAUUAUUAAUAAAUCGUUUUCAAGAUACACUCACAAUUGAAGGUGUGAUUUUCCUUGGCUUUAUGAGUGGACCCUUUCUUUUAUCUGCACACAAAACGAAACUAUCGUUAGUGGCAGCAUGCAGCUUAAACGAUUAUCUUGAGAGAGAGCUGGAAAAAAAAUAA